AUGGAGGAGGUGGCCAACGUCGUCGGCCUCAUCAGAACCUUCAUCGACGCCGCCGAGACUGCACAAAGCCUCAGGGAGGAUUGCCUGGAAUUCCCGGAGUAUCUGCAGCCGAUCACCUCGCAUCUGGAGAAGCUCCAGGACAAGGCACUCAGUGACGGUACCAUAAAGACAUUGACGAAGCUGGAGGAUACACUGGAGAGGUCCUACGAGCUCGUCCACGGCUUCCACAGACAAAAAUACGUCUCUCGUAUGAUCAACCACAGCCAUCUCCGGAACCAGAUGAGAAGAGCACAGGAUGAUAUCGAUAAGUACUUGAGGCUUAUUCCACUCACCCUACUCUCGGAAGAGUCGUCUUAUAGCUCAUCGGAUGUUAGAGACCACUGUGAUCAUGUCGAUUCGUAUGAGCAAGAAACUAAUAGCGGUUCUGAGAAGUAUCACACAGAAGAUGAACAACACAGUGAUGAAGAGUUGCUUCCCUGUAAUAAUAGAUAUGUUUGA